GUUUUAGAGGUUAUGCAGACUGUAUGCGUCGGACUGCACGCAUUGUGCCAUAGAUUGCAUUGCAUUACACACCAACACUACUGGUAGUGUACGACCGGUAAGUAUUGACAUUGUUUUCAGUACUCUUUACUGGAUUUACUGGAUGUGAUUGCAAUCAACUGUCCAUUCAUUGUUGGAAUCGCUUCUCAGACAUUGACAUCACAUUGGUUUGUAUGACAAGUGAAUCGAGAGAUGUUUCGAUCAGCCCUUAAACUUAAGACUAUUUCGAAUAUAUCGAAACGCAAUCGAAAUCAAUGUCUUCGGUAUUACACCACCGAUGGAGGCAAAAGCCAAUCUGCAAAAGUUGGUCUAAUAGUGGGUUCAUCUGUGGUUGUGUUGACGGGUGUGACCAUCGGUUACGCUAAAUAUGAUCCCGACUUCAGGAGAAAAGUGCAAAAUACUGUCCCAUUGUCUCAACAUUUGUUUAACACAUUAUUCGGACCAUUAGUUGACAAACAGUUGAGUAUAUCGUCGGCUAUUGACUUGAAGUCAAGAGACAAAACCGAAAACAGUUUUUUGGAUAAAAAGCGAAACAGAAAUGCAAACCAAUUGAAUGAAAAGGACUCCAAAGCUGUUACUAAUAGCGGUGAUAAGAGUGCCGACAAAACACAACAUUUGAGUCAAUCAAACGAAUUGAAAGAUUCAAAGACAGGAAAUGAGAAACAAAGCAAAGACUCGGAAACCACUGCUAAGAUAGGAGACAAAGAUGAGAAAACUAAGGAUACAAUUGAUCUAUUGAGUGAUCCAUCGGUUUCAGACUUGGAUAAGAUUAUUGCGAAUGAAGUUUUGAAAGAUUUAAUGAAUGCAGUGUCAACCGAUGAUCAGAACCUCAGGAAUGAUAUCGAACUCGAGUAUCAAAGAAAGUUAACUAAACUCGAAGAGAAGUUUGAAUCGGAAUUAAAGACACAAUUAAAGAGACAAUUGUCUGCUUUUAAUGAGCAUUUGGACGAACAGAUGUCCACUUUAAGGCACCAAUUAAAACGAAAUUAUGAUAACUCUGUUGAAGAGAAGUUAUUGGAGGAGCGAAACAAUUUCCAAUCGGAACUCUCCAACAGUUUCUAUAGAUUGAAAUUCUUAGAGGAACUCAUUAAAGCGAGGGAACAGUUGGAUAGCGACCAAUACUCUGUUCGUGAGCUCUGGGUCUUAGGUCAGGCUUUGAAGGAAACGCUGAGCCAUAAGCCAUCGCUGGGCGAGGAAUGUCAGCCAAUAUCAUUGGGUGAAGAGAUGAGUGCUAUUCAGACUAUUCUGAGCAAAGACUCUUUGAAAGAUCGGCCAAUAAUUCGUUGUGCACUCGAAGGCAUGCCUAAAGAAGUCAUUCAAAACGGUGUCUACAGUGAAGAAGAUUUGAUAAAACGAUUCCAAAAAGUGGACAAAUUCUGUAAAAGAGUGGCUUUGAUUGGAGACGAAGGCGGAAGUCUUUAUCUCUAUUUACUGUCUUAUAUUCAAUCGAUUCUAGUUUUUCGGGAUUCAAGAAUACCAGCCCAAGAGCUCGAAGACCAAGAAGUGGAUCCAUCGAAUUGGGAUACUUUCGAUGUAUUGACUCGAGUCAGACAUUGUCUUAAUAAUCGUAACUUAGAAAUGGCCCUCAAAUAUGCAAAUCAACUGAAAGGUGAGCCCAGGAAAGUGGCUAAAGACUGGAUUCGUGACACGAGAACCCAUCUCGAGAUUAAACAAGCGGUUGAUCUUUUGAUCACUGAAGCCAACGCCAUAAAUGUUCAGAUAAUUAAUUGAAAUGUAUUUAAAGUUUUAAAUUAUUUUCAAUGAUUUCAUUGAAAUUUUAUGUAAUUUUAGUAAAUAAUUAAUUAUUGAAUACUUUAUUCUAAAAGUAUUAAAUAUUAAAAAAUAGUAAAUUUAAGGCGAAUUGAGAAAACA